AUGGUGAAGGAAGAGAGAGAGAGAUGGAAGUUUUCUUGUACAUCCAAGGAAGAAGAUGGAGGAACAUUUAUCAUUCUCCCUGUGAGGAAACAAACAAGUAAUAGGACAAGUGAACAAAAGAGGCAAAGAUGGAAGUUUUCUUGUACAUCCAAGGAAGAAGAUGGAGGAACAUUUAUCAUUCUCCCUGUGAGCCCUGAUAUUUUAAGACCACAACUUGAUUUGUGCAAGGAGAAGCAAACAAUUCUUUAUAGUCGAGUCAUGUUGAUCAAUGUUUCACGGGGGGGGGGGGACAGCAACAGCUUUCAUCUUGAAAAGUUUGGUUCUCACAAUAGGCUAUCUUUAUUUAAUGGUGUGGAGUCAGAUAAUUUUGCCAGCAGUCAUUCUUACAUCUCUUCUAACAAGGUUCCUGUUUCAAGAUCUCAAGUUUCUGCCCCCCCGGGUUUCUCAGUGCCUAGUAGGGUACCACCUCCCGGUUUUAUUUCUCACGAGAAGACAGGGCGGAUAUUCGACCCACACUCUGGAAAUUAUAUGCCCGAUGCUUCGCUUUUGCCAAGAAAUCGGUAUCAGGCAUCCCCAAGUGGUGAUUCUAUUAGUAAUGCCGAAAUUGAGUUUAUGGAUCCUGCAAUUUUGGCAGUUGGCAAAGGGAUACUUCCUGGUAGCCUAAACAGCUCAGGCUUGGGUGCAAGAUUAAGUUAUUCUCCGCAGUAUAGUACGCUUGAAGAAUUAAGAUUCCAGUCCUUGUUACAAAGAUCAGUUCCUACUCAUCAAAACCAGAGAUUUACAGACCCGGGUGACAGUUAUUCUCCCCUUGGCGAUGCUUAUGGAGUUCCUUCUAGGGUGCUAGAGCAAACCCUAACCAACAACCUGUCCCCAUUUUCCCAGUUCACUCUUCCUCAGCCUAGAAAUGCUGUAACAUCCAAUGGCCAAUGGGAUGGGUGGAAUACGGUGCAGGGUGAGAAUGCUUUAGGUAUGGCAGAACUACUCAGAAAUGAGAGAUUGGGACUUCCUAAGUACUACAAUGGUUAUGAAGAUUCAAAUACCCGCUUGCCAAAUUCUGGAAACCUAUAUAAUCGGGCUAAUGGGAUUUAAAUUUGGUUGGAGACUUAUAUGGCACUGUUGGUACUGAUAGUGUCAAUGGUAAAAUAGGAAAAAUCUUGUGCGAAUUAGAGAAUGCCUGCUUUAAGGACUUCAAUGUUUGGCAAUCGGAUGACCUGAUCACUUGCAUUGACUAAACGGACCUAGGCAUGGAAUGCCCGAAAUAUUUGUGUUCGAGGACAUUAGAGUGAUUCACGAGUAGUCUGAUGGCACUGCUUUUAAGUUGGUGGAGGAUCAAGCCCUUUCAACAGGGAGUCCCAAACCAACAGGUAAAGGGUGCUUGAGAUUCAGGCCUAAUGUGAUGGUCAUGCAAGCAAUGUUGUGCACGAUGAAAUCAGCUUGUGAUCUUUUCUUUCGUAAUGCUAAAGCUUGUUAGUUUGUUUGAAGUUGUUCUACAGAGGUGAUCGAAAAUACUUUCUUUCACAGUGGUGAAAAUUGAUUUGUGUGUAGGCAAAAAUUCGAAAAUGGGAAGUUUAUAGUUUUGUUUUUGCUUAUUUACUUGAGAGUAUGAUCGAGAUCGUUUUCACAAAAUUCAAUGAAUUCACAUGCUGGUGAAAAAUCUGUAGCUGAA